AUGGUGAGUACCGGCAAUACGAAUGUUGUUAUACCUGAUGGUGGUUGGGGAUGGUUUAUUGUAUUUGCAUCUUUUAUGAUACAUUUUAUCAUGGAUGGAAUAACAUAUUCAAUGGGUGAUUUAUUUUUACGUCCGAUGAUGGUUAAUCUAAAUAAGACUCGAGGAUCUGUAUCAACUAUUUUUGGAAUUCUACCAGCAAUAACACUUGUGACAGGACCUAUUUCAACUAUAUUUACAAAUACAUAUGGAUGUCGAACGGUAACCAUAGUAGGAAGUUGUAUCGCUGCUGUAAGUUUUUUAGUCAGUUAUUUUUGGGCGAAUCUUUGGUUUUAUUAUCUCACAAUUGGCAUUUUGGGUGGCAUUGGUUUUGGUUUAAUCUAUUUACCAGCUAUUGUUUCUGUUGGUUUUUAUUUUGAAAGAAAACGUUCUUUCGCUAUGGGUAUUUCGGUUUGUGGUUCAGGUUUGGGUACAUUGGUGUUUCCUGCUGUUAUGCCAUAUGUGAUGAAUGCUCCAUUAUGGUUCGAUUAUGAAGGUGUGCUACUGUUAGAAGCCGCAAUUAUUCUUACUUGUAUUAUAUUCGGUAUUUUCAUGAUUCCAUUACCACAAGAACCGAGUGAGAUAAGACGUAUAGAAAGAAAAGCACGAAAAGAAGCUAAACAACAAGUAUUUCAAACAAGAAAUACAAAUAGUCAAUAUGAUGAACAACUAAUUAUAAGAGAACCAACUACUGUAGUUUCUGUUGAACAGAAUUAUCAGUCGGAUGGUAAUCGUCGACUAUCGCUAUCAGAUAUGAAGACCAAUAAUCAUUGUAUUAAUCAUUCAAAUGAUAAAACUGAUUCAAGAUCCGAUGACAAGGUAUCUAGCAGUGUGACAACAAAUAAAACAGUCGUAGUUUCACGUAAAGAUGCGAUUUAUCAAGGUAGCUUGCAUAAGAUUCCACUAUAUAACGAGAAUACUGAAGAAUAUCAUCGUGAAGUUAUAAAAACAAAUGAUACAGAGAAGAAUGAAAAAAUUAAUAAAACUGAAAAAAAAUCAUUCCUAACAAAAAUUGCUGAACAAAUUGAUUUCAAUUUAUUAAAAGAUCCCGCAUUUGCUUUAUUUGCUGUGUCAAAUUUUUUAGCAAGUCUUGGCUUUUAUGUUCCAUACAAUUUCGCUAAUGAUUUAGCUGCUGAUGCAAAAGUUAUUGAAUAUCAAAGACAUUGGAUUCUUAUGUCAAUUGGUCUUGCCAAUUGUUUUGGUCGAAUUAUUAUCGGUUAUUUAGCUGAUCGAUCAUGGGUUAAUCGUUUAACAUUAUUUAAUACAGGAUUAAUCAUAACUGGUAUGGCAACAAUGCUUGCUCCAUUUUGUAAUUCUUUUAUUCACACACAUAUGAUUUACGCUGGAUUAUUUGGGUUCUUUUCUGGUGGUAAUAUUGGUUUAACAUCAGUUAUUAUUGUAGAUUUAGUUGGUGUUGAUAAGUUAUCUGAUGCUUUCGGUGCUCUUUUAUUAUUUCAAGGUAUUGCUGUUGUUAUUGGAACACCUAUUGUUGGCACAAUGCGUGACGCUUUUUCAGAUUUUUCUCGACCAUAUCUUUGGCCAUAUUUAAUAUCUGGUGGUUCAAUAUUAAUAGGUGGCCUUGUUCUAUUUGCUGUUCCGCUAUUAAAACGACGGAUAGAACGUCAUCAACAACCGACAAAACAUCAAUUACAAAUGGGAGUUUUAUCAUUUUCAAAACAAGAUUUAACCUCAUCUGAACAAAAACCAAUUUGA